CUGCUGGCGCCGCUGAUCGAGGCCGGCGUAAACCUGCGCACCAGCGACGUGCCCGUCGCCUUCCCGACCGAGACCGUGUACGGGCUCGGCGCCGACGCCACGCGCAGCACCGCCGUCAGGGGCAUCUACGCGGCCAAAGGCCGGCCCAGCGACAACCCGCUGAUCGUGCACGUGUGCGACCUAAACAUGCUGCGGAGAUAUCUAGAACCUGCUUCUACUACUACUCCUGAACAACAAGAAGAAGAAAAAGAAGAAACUAUCCCGGCCAUCUACCUGCCACUGAUCGAGCGCUUCUGGCCCGGCCCGCUGACGAUCCUGCUCCCGAACCCGCAGCCGUCGCAGCUAGCGGCCGAGGUAACAGCAGGACUAGCAACGUUUGGGUGCCGGAUGCCAGCGUCGGCGCUGGCGCGCACGCUAAUCCAGCUCGCAGGAGCACCGCUGGCGGCACCGAGCGCCAACGCCAGCACGCGGCCGAGCCCGACAGCGGCGGCGCACGUGCGCGACGACCUGGCCGGGCGCAUCGAGCUGAUCCUCGACGGCGGGCCGUGCGCCAUCGGCGUCGAGAGCACCGUCGUCGACGGCCUGUGCAACCCGCCCGCGGUCCUGCGGCCGGGAGGCGUCAGCAUUGAUGCCCUGCGCGCCUGCCCCGGCUGGCACCGCGUCGAGAAGGCCUACAAGGACCACGCCGAGAUGGGCGCCGGGAACGGGAACGCCGACAGUGGCAAGGGGACAGCUACUGCUGCUGCCGCACAGACGGCCCCGCGCGCCCCCGGCAUGAAGUACAAGCACUACAGUCCCAAGGCGCGGGUGGUGCUGUACGAAGCCGCGGCGGGCGGCCCAGGAGCCGGAGCCGCUGUCCCAAGCGCGGAGGACCUGGAGCGGGCGCUCAGGAGGCCAGACGAGGCCGGGGAGAGGCAGCGGACUAUCGCGGUGAUCAGGACUAGGCACUGGCCUGUCGCGGCGGGGCUGCCGAUCGGCGCAGCACUACAACAGACCAACGGCAGCGGCGACGAGGACAGAGAGGGGACUGUUCUUGCCGUGAGUGAGGGCACACUACUAGGCAGCGGCGCGGACAACACGGAGGUACUGGCGAGGCUGCUGGACGUUGAUCUGGGCGGGGACGUGCGAGGGGUGGCCCACGGGCUAUUUGCCGCGCUGAGGGAGCUGGACCGGCGCGAGGCAGAUGUCAUCUUUGUCGAGGGGGUGAGUGACGGCGAGGAUAUCGCGGCCGCUGUCAUGAACCGGCUCCGCAAGGCAGCCUCGGACAUUAGA